AUGCACAAAUGUAAACAUCAAGAUCAUGAGUACGUCUGUCCAAAUAGUUUUAUUCCUUGCCUGAAUGCUGUCUAUGGCUGUCCGUUGACAAUUCAACGUUCGCAUUUAACUCGACAUUUACGUGUGUGUCCGGCAGCUGUGGUUGUUUGUUCAUUUAUUUACAAUCAUGAAUAUCGCUUCGAUAAACUCGACGAAUCGACAUUUGGUAAUCUGGUGCAGACGAUCGCUAUUCGUGAUCACAUAUGGAGUGAACAUUGCAUGAAAUUGGAGCGGCAGCGAGAAGAGAUGUUUAGGAAGUUGCGACCGAAUACAAAGAAGGUCGAGCAAAAGCCGAAGGUGAUUCGCAGUGAAAAAUAUCGGUAUAUAACUAUGCCCGAAUGUGUAUUAGACCGAGGAAGUGGGAUCAUAUGCAGCACAUGUCGAAAGCAUCUUAGAGACCUGGAAGAAGAAGAAGAUCAACGCAUUGAAGACAUGACUGAAGAUGAACAACAACAAAUGAUUGAAUUCAAUGAGAAUUAUGAUGAAUCAUCCAAUUUAGCACAGAGUUCAUCUUCACCGCCUACAACAACAGACGCAUCUUUGUACGAACCAAUGCCGAUCAUAUCUGACAUGGAAACGACCUCUUCGCAAAUCUAUCGACUAAGAUUCUUUGCUUCCAAAUCGCAUUCAAUUGAUCCCUAUUUAUUCAAUAAAAAUUCUCGAUUCCACUGCGAUGCUCUAUGUCGUCGUGAUGAAAUCGAACAGCAUUGGCUUGUCCACUUCCAAGUUGACUGUAUAUUGAAUACAUCGUUGAUACAACAAUGUCCAAAAGCACAGUAUGGAUGUGAAUUUCAAUACGAACGACUUGAACCAUGUAAAAUAAACGGAGAAUCGAUUGAAAUUCGUUAUGACGUGAACAAUGAUGCUAUUGCUUUUAACUGGUAUCCAACAAUAGUGAAAAACUCAAAACAAGUUGCACAUUUACUUGAUUUUCCAACAGAACUAUUGGAAAAAAUACUGUCACACUUGGAUAGUUUAUCCUUGCGAAAUUUAUCCCGUGUUUGUCAGCAUUUACGUACUUUGUGUGAACAAUUACUACCUUCUCGAGGUGUCGUCGUUGGCGAAUAUCAACGUCAUUCUUUAUCACAUGGAGAAAGUGUUUGGACCGAACGACGAAAACACUGGCUAUUUACGAAUACGACAUCGGCCAUUCCUAAAUGGCAAUUGAAGGCACCGGAUAAAUCCACAUCAUUGAGUCAACAUCUGAUCACGUGCCCAUAUGGCGAAAAGAAAGAUCUAGAACAAGAGCCACCGUUUCAAUUACUGGGAUUACCUAACCCCAAUGCGUCAAAAUAA